CAGAGACUCUCGCCUCUUUCUUCUUCUUCUCGGUCGAUUGAUACCUAGCGCCUCCUUCUCGUCGAGUCUCAGAGACUCUCGCCUCUCUCGCCGCCUUCUCUUCGAAGCCACAAGCCACACGCAUCCCAGGGCUUAAAGCUCAUACUCUUUUGAAUAUACCAUUGAGCCGGCCAUGACCAGAACCUCCAAGGUUACCCGAGACAGAAUAGAAAAAGCAGUGAAUGCUCUUCUCAAAUGGAAAUCCUCCCAAUCCGAGACCCGAAAGCCCCAACUCAUCCCGCAAGACGACUACAUCUACCUCAACCUAACACUCAAGAAAAUCCCACAAAAGCCGCGCACAAACCCUUACAAAAUCCCCCUGUUACACCCACUUCAGCUACACUCUUCCGAAAUUUGCCUUAUUAUUGAUGACGGACCCAAGUUCAAACUCUCCUCAGACAUCGCCAAGAAAAUCAUCAAAACCCAGAACUUACCCAUAUCCAAAGUCAUCAAGCUCUCUAAGCUCAAGUCAGACUACAAGCCUUUUGAGUCAAAAAGAAAGUUAUGCGACUCAUACGAUGUGUUUUUUGUGGACAAAAGGGUUGUCCCUUUGCUUCCUAAGCUGUUGGGGAAGGAGUUUUUUAAGAAAAAGAAGUUGCCUUUGCCAGUGGAUUUGACUCACAAGAAUUGGAAGGAACAAAUUGAGAGGGUUUUAUCAUCUGGGUUGUUGCAUUUGAGGACGGGAACAAGUAAUGUGGUGAAAGUUGGAAAGGCUUCUAUGGAGACUGGAGAAAUAGUUGAUAAUGUGGCAGCGGCGGUAGCUGGUGUUGUUGAGGUUCUCCCCAAGAAGUGGGUUGAUGUGAGGUCGCUGCAUUUGAAGUUAUCGGAUUCCUUGGCAUUGCCAUUGUAUCAGGCGUUGCCAGAUAUGAAGUUGAAGAUUGAGGGGAUUAAGAAGAGCGAGGAGAGGGUUAAGGAAGAGGGUGGCGUUGACUUGGAGGUGAAGGAGAAGAGGAAGAGAGAUGGGGAAUUGAGGAAGAAUAAGGGCAUGAAAAAGGGAAGGAUUCAUGAGGUUUGCUAUAUGGAUGUUAAUAGAUUGGGAGGUGAUGUGGACGGGGAUGGGAAUGAGAGUGAGAAAAGUGUGGAUGCUGAAUUGGGUAGUGGUGAAUUUGUGGGAAAAAAGAAAAAGAAUGGUGGUGCAAGUAAGGAAAAGAUUCUAAAUGAGUUGGAUGGGCAGAAACUGGGGAAGAAAUUGGGCAAGGUGAAGGCUGGCAGUGAUGAUGAUGAUGAUGUGGGUGAGAAGAGUGAAAAUGGUAAACUGUGCAUUGCUGCAUCUGGGGUUAAGAAGAGAAAGAAGGGAGAUACCAUGAGGGGAAUUAUAGGCGAGAUGAAUGGAGGCAAUAGGGUAAAGAAACUAGGCAAGGUAGUCAAGGGAGGUAGUCUGAAGCUAGGGAAAGAUGAGUUGGCUUUAAAAGGUGUAGAAGAGUCUGGUGAGAAGAGAGGGAAGAAAAAGAUUGAACCUGUCAUAAAGACAAAGGAUGGGGCAAGCAAGAAGGUCAAGGAUAAUAAAAGUAAGAAGAGGUUGGCGGUGGAAUGAUUCAGGUUGCACUUUGAUUUCCAGUUGAUUGUGGCGUGCUCAAGGU